AGCACAAACGUCUAGAUGUUUCCUGUUUCGAGCUACCCCUCCACUGAAGCUCGGAGUGGAUGGUAGGAAGUACACGCUUUACCUUUGAGUUCGUUUCCCAUAGUCGAGUCAAACUCACCGGAUUUUGUCGUCUUUUACUGACACAUUCAUUUGCCUUCAGCGCGACACGUCAUUGGAGUUAGUUGGAGCAGUGAACCAGGAUGGGGAUGGUCCAGUCGUCAAUGUGAGCUCUGUCCAGGACCGGACGCUGUGUAGGAGUGCCGAGGGGCUUGACCUCUGAUCUAAGCUGUGACCUGUUGACCCUUAAACCUCUGAACUCUGACCGCUCCAGCUCAGGAUGGAGGAGCAGUCCAGCUACCCCAAUGUCAGCAUUCCCUGCUACCCCAAUGUCAGCAUUCCCUGCUACCCCAAUGUCAGCAUUCCCUGCUACAACGAGCAGAGGGACAAGAAGAAGCGCUACACUGUUUACAAAGUGAUGGUCAAUGUAGGAAGACAUGAGUGGUUUGUCUUCAGGCGAUACGCAGAGUUUGACAAGCUCUACAACACAUUGAGGAAACAAUUUCCAUCUUUGAACUUGAAAAUCCCACCCAAGAGAAUAUUUGGGGACAACUUUGACCCAGAGUUUAUCAAGCAAAGAAGAACAGGUUUACAUGAGUUCAUUCAGAGACUGGUCUCACAUCCUCAGCUCAGAAACCAGCCUGAUGUCAGAGCAUUCCUGCAGAUGGACAAAUCUCAAAACUUCUCAGACCCAUUAGAAGAUGACAAGAUAAUCUGUUCCAUCUCUGGUUUACAGAACGGCUCUACCUCCAGAAAUAUUAACCUGGGACCGUCUGGAAAUCCACAUGCAAAGCCCACAGACUUUGACUUUCUCAAAGUCAUUGGAAAGGGGAGCUUUGGAAAGGUUCUCCUUGCUAAACGGAAACUGGACGGAAAGUAUUACGCAAUCAAGGUCCUGCAGAAAAGUGUAAUCCUCAACAGGAGAGAGCAAAAACACAUCAUGGCGGAGCGCAAUGUGCUACUGAAGAACAUGAAACACCCUUUCCUGGUUGGCUUGCAUUAUUCCUUCCAGACGACUGACAAGUUGUACUUCGUCUUGGAUUUUGUCAACGGGGGAGAACUCUUCUUCCAUCUUCAAAAAGAACAGACCUUUCCGGAACCCAGAGCCAAGUUCUACAUUGCAGAAAUGGCAAGCGCACUGGGCUAUCUGCAUUCUCUUAAUAUAGUUUACAGGGAUUUGAAGCCAGAAAAUAUCCUUCUGGACUCUGAAGGCCAUAUAGUUUUGACUGACUUCGGGUUGUGCAAGGAAGGCAUUUCCCAAGCCGAGACGACAAGCACAUUUUGUGGGACACCCGAGUACCUAGCUCCAGAGGUCCUGAGGAAACAACCGUAUGACAACACAGUGGACUGGUGGUGUCUGGGAUCAGUGCUCUAUGAAAUGCUCUUUGGCCUGCCUCCGUUCUACAGCAGAGACACCCAUGAGAUGUAUGACAACAUCCUCCACAAGCCCCUGAUGAUGCGUCCCGGAGCGUCCAACACGGCCUGGUCCCUCCUGCAGGCUCUACUGGAGAAGGACGGCACACACAGACUGGGCUCCAGAGAUGACUUUAAUGAGAUCAAAGCUCACUACUUCUUCUCAGAGAUCAACUGGGAUGACCUGGAACAGAGGAAGGUUCCACCUCCAUUCACUCCCAAUGUGAAUUCUCCUCAUGACAUCACAAACUUUGAUCCAGAAUUCACAGGCGAGACUGUUACGAACUCUGUGUGUUAUACUGAAGAUUCCAUAGUCAACGCCAUCGUGAUGGAGGCUGAUGAUGCCUUCCUAGGUUUCUCCUAUGCACCACCAUCAGAUAACUCCUUUCUAUGAAAGACUCGCUGUGAGGACCUGCCCCAGAGUUCUGUGAAAUUGCCUUAACUCAGUGUUCUUCUAUCAUGGUCCUGUUGAUCCACAAGGUAUGCAGGCUUUUGUUCCAACCCAGUAGAGCUUGUCGAUUAGUUGAAUCAUGUGUGUUAGUGCUGGGCUGGAAGGAAAGCCUGCACACCCUGCUGGUCUCCAGGAUCAGGACUGAAGAACAGUGCCUCAACCUGUCCAGAUUCUUUUGAAUAAAAGGGAAUUCAUACUGUG